UACUGACCUACUAACACAGAUCUGGGGAGCAGACAGACUCCAGGAGGAGAAAGCUUUGGAGAGAGCAGUUGCUUGACUUUAAUACAUAUGGAUUUUUUACCCUUUGGAAACUAAGUUUUUGCCACUUUGGCCUUACAAACCCUUGUCCACAAUGACUUACUGAGUAUGUCUUCAGUGACGUAAAGGUUUACUUGAAGCUGCACGACAGAAAGAAGAGAUGACUGUUCUGAGGACAUGCCAGAUUCUAAGAUGAUUAGAAGCAUCAUCAGACUACCUUUUGUUUUAUAAAAUGAAGUGAAGCAGGUGAACAUGAACACACUGUGAAGCUCUUUUAAGGAUUUACAAAGAACAGGAAAUUGCAGUAAAUUACACAAAAAUGCAGGCAAUCAAGGAGGAAGAGUCAUCUUCUGAGUCGUACAAUGGAAACAGUGUGCUUGUGUCAACUGCUGCCUUACUGGGUUUGAAUGGAGAUCUCAGGACUACUGAACUCUCCAACCCAUCGUUCAAACAGAAAAACUCAAGUUGUCGUAGGAAACGUGAAUUCAUUCCGGAUGAAAAGAAAGAUGAUCAGUACUGGGAAAAAAGAAGGAAGAAUAAUGAGGCUGCCAAGCGAUCACGGGAAAAACGCAGGAUAAAUGAUAUGGUCUUGGAGAGCAAACUCUUGGCUUUGGGGGAGGAGAAUGCAACUUUAAAAGCUGAGCUGCUUUCUCUGAAACUCAAGUUUGGACUGGUAAGCUCAGCUGCCUAUGCCCAAGAGGUUCAGAAACUCUCCAGUUCAACAACAGCUUUCUUUCAGGAUUUUGCUUCAUCUAAUACCAGCAGAAGUUCAUUUUCAGGUGACCCUGAGUCAGCUUUGCUUAGCAGCAGCUGCAUCUCCGUCAUUAAGCACUCUCCGCACAGCUCCUUAUCAGAUAUGUCAGAAAACUCCUGUCUAGCCCAGGAAAGCCCUCCUCAAAGCAGCUGCAGAUCCCCAGAAACUGUGAAGCAGGAACAUGUAGAAAAUAGCACCUACUCACAAGAGGCAAGAGAUGAGAACAGCCCUUAUGACUUGUAUCGAAACUACAUGGGGAACACAUUUUCCGGAGGCUACUCACAGCCAUCUCCCACCUUGCCAAUGAUCAGAUCAUCCAGCAACUCUCCAAGAAGCUCAGAGGCAGAUGAAGGCACUGUGGGAAAAAGCUCUGAUGGAGAAGAUGAGCAGCAGGUCCCCAAAGGUCCUAUACCAUCACCCGUGGAAUCAAAGAAUGUGGUCACCACCACUGUCAAGGUCCCUGAUGCAAAUUCCUCUGCCUUGCCUCACAAGUUGAGGAUCAAAGCAAAAGCCAUCCAGAUCAAAGUAGAGGCGAUAGAUCCUGACUAUGAUUCCUCAGGGAAGCUUCCUUCUCCAAUUGAUAUGUCCACAAAAAGCAGCUACGAGGUAGAAAAAAGUAAUUCUGCAAAUCUGGUGCAGUCUUCUCUUAGUCCGUUGUCCGUUCAGGUGUCCAGUAUACAGGACUGGUCUCAUGGUUCACAGCAUUGGCACAACAAAGACCACACAGAAACAAGUCAGAGUAGCUGUAAAACAAAACUUACUGCCUACUGUCCGAUGACACUGACCAGUCCAGGAACCGUUCACGUAAACGGCGAUAACUGCAGUGACUCCCAGCAUGAGAACUUGUUUUUAAAGCAGGGUAUCACUGAUUUGUCAGCAGACGUUGCUUCCUUGAAAAGACUUCUAGUAAAGCAGCACACGUCUGCUUUGGACUCCAGCAGAAGCACUGCUGAUCACAGCCCAUUGUCUAACGAGUGUUACACAAAAUAAGGCCCUGGGUGACCAGUGGCACUUUACUUGUCACAUCACUGCUUUGUCCGAGAUGUGUGUCAAGAAGACAUUUUUAUUGGAUAUCGUCUUUAGCCCUCAGAUUGUCUAAUUUGUGUCAUCAUGAUUCCAGCUGUACAUUUGAAGCAACUUUUUUUGUCUGAAAACAUGUCAAAAAUGUUCAAAUAAUCUUUGUUUUGUUGUAAAAUG